AUGGCGUUGCCGAAACGAAUUGUGAAAGAGACGGAGAGGUUGAUGGCAGAGCCUGUCCCAGGAAUUAGCGCAGUGCCUCACGAAGACAACCUGCGGUACUUCGAUGUCAGCAUACAUGGCCCUUCACAAUCUCCAUAUGAAGGUGGCGUUUUCAAGCUCGAACUCUUUCUGCCAGACGACUAUCCGAUGACCCCUCCCAAGAUCAGAUUUCUGACAAAGAUAUACCAUCCAAAUAUUGACAAGCUCGGUCGAAUCUGCCUGGACGUACUGAAGAGCAAUUGGUCGCCUGCGCUUCAGAUCAGAACGAUUCUUCUCUCCAUUCAGGCUUUGCUAGGUGCACCAAACCCGGAUGAUCCUUUGGCAAAUGAUGUUGCUCAGCGCUGGAAGGAGGACCAGGAGGCUGCGAUCCAAACAGCAAGAGAGUGGACCAGAACCUAUGCCAUGCCAUGA